GGGAAGAUGGAAUUGGAAGGAAGGGAUAAUGCCACAGUGGUGACUGAAGUCAGCUUUGGUGGAUUCAAAAGUCAUGUUACGGCCAGAGAACUUGUGGACUACUUGGAAGAUGAAAUUGGGCUUGUAUUCAGGUGUCGUUUGAAAAUUUCUUGGACCCCUCCAGAGUCUGUUCCGAAUUUCGAUUUUACUGAUACUGCAAAAAUUGAAACCACAGAUGAAUAUAGAAGGUUUGAGCCGCAUGAAUUUGUGCAUUUUGCUUCAGCUGAGUCAGUGACUGCUGCUAUGGAUGCUGUUGGGCGUUGUCGACUCUUUUUCAACAACCAAGCGCUGAAAGCAAGUUUGGGCCCUGAGAAUUUGUACAACAUGAACAAGAGGAUAAGGACUAUAAUUCCAUUCAAUUUAGCUGAUGUGGGUCUUGAGAUUGGGAGUCUAGUUCGCCUAGAUGAGUUCUUUGUUGCUUGGAGGGGACCACGUAAUGGGGUUGAUUUUGUUGUGGAUCCUUUUGAUGGGACUUGCAGAUUUUGUUUUAGAAGAGAUACUGCCUUUUCAUUUAAAGGAUUGAAUAAACAUGCUGUGAUAACUUGUGAUUUUAAGGUGGAGUUCCAGGUGAGAGAAAUCAGUGAAUUUAGAUACUACACAGAGCCUUUUAAAUCAUGACUUCUGUUGAGGCUGGUUUCAUCACCUUGGGUUUCAUAUCGAACUGCUGAUGAUAUUGAACAAUCAGUUUUAUUCGAUUUAUUGGAUGACGAUGAUCCUUGGAUCAGAACCACAGAUUUUACUCCUAGUGGGGCAAUUGGGCGUUGUAAUUUUUACAGAGUUACAAUCCCCCCAUGGCAUGGUGCUAAUUUGAAGAAAGCCAUGAGUUAUCUUAAAGAACGAAGAGUACACGAGGCGUUUAUCAAAAAGCCCCAGGAUGAACCUGGUUUUGGAAUCCCGAUGUCAGAUACUAUCUGAUCCAUUCACUACGAGAAAAGUAUUUCAUUUGAUAUAUUGUUCUUGGUCAAUGCAGUAAUGCACAAGGGCAUAUUGAAUCAGCACCAGUUGUCAGACAGCUUCUUUGAUUUGCUGAGAAACCAACCGCAGGAGAUCAAGGUGGCUGCAUUGAAGCACUUGUGUUCAUACAAACACCCAGUUUUUGAUGUCCAGGAAUGGUUGCUGAGAAACCCCAAGCUUAUCAAGAAUCCCAAACGUUUGGAAGAUAUUGCCGAAGUUAGGAGGUUGGUGAUUACCCCAACUAAAGCCUAUUGUCUUCCACCAGAGGUUGAACUUUCCAAUAGGGUUCUUAGAAAAUAUAAGGAAGUUGCUGAUCGGUUCUUAAGGGUUACCUUUAUGGAUGAAGGAAUGCAGCCAAUGAAUUCCAAUGUCAUGAAUUCUUAUGUUGCUGCUCCUAUAGUGAAGGAAAUCACAGAAAACGCUUACCCUCAGAAAACAAAAGUGUAUGCAAGGAUUCGGGCCAUUCUGAUGAAUGGAUUUCAUUUAUGUGGUCGCAAGUUCUCAUUCUUGGCCUUCUCAUCCAAUCAAUUGAGGGAUCGUUCUGCCUGGUUUUUUGCUGAAGACAAGACGAUUAGUAUACAAGGAAUCAAAAAUUGGAUGGGAAAGUUCACCAACAGAAACGUUGCAAAGUGUGCUGCGAGAAUGGGUCAGUGCUUUUCGUCUACAUAUGCAACGGUACAAGUUACAUCAGCCCAGGUCAAUCCUAAACUUCCAGAUAUUGAAAGAAAUGGAUAUGUCUUUUCUGAUGGUAUUGGUAAGAUCACCCCCGACCUUGCAAUGGAAGUUGCAGAAAAACUGAAAUUGGACAGAGAUCCACCUUGUGCAUAUCAGAUAAGAUAUGGAGGCUGUAAAGGUGUUAUUGCUUGUUGGCCACCGACAGGUGAUGGCUUCCGGCUUUCUUUGAGGCCUAGUAUGCACAAAUUUGAUUCGGAGCAUACUACAUUGGAAAUAUGUUCAUGGACUAGGUUACAGCCAGGUUUCCUAAACAGGCAGAUAAUAACAUUGCUUUCAGCACUUGAUGUCACAGAUGAUAUAUUCUGGACAAUACAGGAGACAAUGGUUUCCAAACUGAAGCAGAUGCUGGUGGACACGGAUGUGGCAUUUGAUGUUCUCACUGCAUCCUGUGCUGAACAAGGAAACUCUGCAGCUCUUAUGUUAAGUGCAGGUUUCAAGCCCCAGACAGAACCACAUCUGAGAGGCAUAUUGACAUGUAUACAAGCCGCACAGCUCUGGGGGCUUAGGGAAAAGACCAGGAUUUUUGUUCCUUCUGGGAGAUGGCUUAUGGGCUGUCUAGACGAGUUUGGGGUACUUGAGCAAGGCCAGUGCUUUGUUAAAGUGUCUGCCCCAUCUUUGGAAAACUGUUUUGCAAAGCAUGGCUCUAGAUUUUAUCAGACAGAUAAAAAUCUUCAAGUAAUAAAAGGAUUUGUAGUUGUCGCAAAGAAUCCUUACCUUCAUCCAGGAGAUGUCAGAAUUCUUGAAGCAGUUGAUGUACCUGGCUUACACGACUUGCAUGAUUGCCUUGUUUUUCCUCAGAAGGGUCAUAGGUCCCACACGGAUGAAGCUUCUGGAAGUGACCUAGAUGGCGACCUCUACUUUGUCACAUGGGAUGAAAAUCUUAUUCCCCCAGGUAAGAAGACCUGGCAACCUAUGGAGUAUGAACCUGCAGAAGCCAAACUUACAGGGCGCAAGAUCACUACCCAAGUAAUUACCUUUUUUGUGAGAAAUAUGGUGAAUGAGAACCUCGGAGCGAUAUGCAAUGUACAUGUAGUUCAUUCUGACCGCAGUGAAUAUGGAGCUUUUGAUGAGAAUUGUCUCAAACUAGCAGAGUUAGCAGCCAUAGCAGUUGAUUUUCCCAAAACGGGGAAAAUUGUUACCAUGCCGCCGCACCUAAAGCCAAAAAUGUACCUAGAUGAUGGGAAACAGGACUUCCUGUCGUACAAGUCGAGCAAAAUUUUAGGGAGACUCUAUCGCAAGAUUAGCGAUGCUUAUAAUGAAGAUGUGGAAACCUCUUCCGAGCAAAAUCAUGUGCCCAGUGAAAUCAAAUAUGAUAUGGAUCUUGAGGUUCUAAAAGCUGCAGAUUUCAUAGCUGAUGCUUGGGAUAAAAAGUGCUCUUAUGAUAGUCAGCUACAGGGUCUCAUGACACAGUACAAAAUUAUGAGGGAAGAAGAGAUUGUCACUGGGCAUGUAUGGUCAAUGCCCAAGUAUAGCAGCAGGAAGCAAGGGGAGCUGCAGGAGCGGUUGAAGCAUUCUUACAGUGCUCUGAAGAAAGAGUUCAGGCAAUUUUUUGAGAAGAUGGAUACGGGUUUCGAGUCACUGACUGAUGAUCAUAAAAAUAGCUUGUAUGAGCAGAAGGUAUCAGCUUGGUACCAGGUGACUUAUCACCCUAAGUGGGUGAAAUAAUCACUCUCUGUGCAAGGGCCUGAUGGUCCUGGAGAUGUGCUGUUGUUAAGUUUUGCCUGGAUUGCAAUUGAUAACCUUGCUCGGAUCAAGAUCAGGCGUCGUGAAGUGGAAAUAAAGCCAAUCAACUCUUUGAGAAGGUACCUUGCUGAUAGGAUAUAGGGACAUGCAUUCCGGAAUUUGAUUCCGGUGACUUGUCAAAUUUCAUCCCAUUCUGCCAUUUAAUUAGGUCAGCUAUUAUCUUUAAUAUUCUUCUUAGAUUUCUAGAUCAAUAGUUAUAAAACUCUUGUUGUGACUAGAUUUAUACUUAUGAAACUUCUGUGACUAGAUUAAUAUACUUGUGAAACUCCGAGGUCCCUAGGGCUACAAUUAUAUAUAAACAUCCUGAUUGGAAUGGGGUGAAGUGCU